AGAAUGUCUUCAUCUACUCCAUUGAUGUUCGAGAUCGGAAACCCAGAGGACAGAGAAGCAAAGCGAAGCUGAGCUCCACCCAAAUACGACAAGAAAUCUUCAAAGAUCCCCAAAUUGGCCAAAUGUCAACGCAGCUCUACUUCAAAGUUGGAAUAAAGGGUGCAAGUUCAAUCAAAGUCAUUUCAUAGCCGGGGUGUCAGUUGUCUAGGCGCAAAAUCCGAUCCUUUGUUCUGUGACAACGUGAUGAUAUUGUAAUUUCCACGACUUCCAGCAAAAAGCAGUAAAUAAGUGUGAAGAUAAAAAAUCCACAAAAGUGACUUUCAGUAGCGUAGGACUUCUACCACAUUUUACUAGAAGUCGCAUUUAUUGUGUGGAAAUCUUCGACGUAAUAGCGGAUUUAUUUCAGUUUAUGUAAAGCAGACGAGACAUUGUAGUCGUACUAUCCACCACCCGUGUGUAUCAUCUCCUGCUAUUUUCAGCCAGGCUCAGCAACAAUUUGUCUCCGUUUGUUUGUCUCCUUUCCAGCCGACACCAACAACUCCCCCCCAUCACUCAAGCGAACAAGCCUCCCACUGUCUUUCAUCCUUUCCGCGGUGAUAUUUUUGGUUUUGUAUGUUGAAACCGGUGAUGUUGAUGACCUUGUUGACUCCAUCGAUUUAUUCGUGCCUUAUAUCAUCCCCACUUGUCAAUCUCUAUUUGUGAUCCUCGUAGAACUCGAAGCUGACAACUUUUUCGGCACUUGUUCUAUAGCGUAGAAAGCGCCGAGCUGCCGCUGCCCGAGUUAGAAGUACUACAACUACUUUUUGAAAAAUGCCCGCGAAACCGAAGACUAAGGAGUGGGAUCCCAACCUGCUCCCGCUUAUCAAGACGGUCUUGGGAAAAAAGGGAAUCGAACAGCGACAAGCGGCGGAGGCAGACAGAAAAAAAGUCGAUUAUUUCAGAGGAAAAGACUUUACGGACUGGCUACUCAAAAAUGAUACAGGUAGAAAGAUUUAAAUUUGUGCUAUCAACGUCAGGUUAGGAUUCUCUUGCAUAAUGGCCAUACGUUUGUUUUUCAAUUUCAUCGGUUAUGCACGACCUCACCUGAAAAAUCGUUUAUAUCAAAUUCCAGUUACGAAGCGUCGCUGCCCAAAAGCGCUCGACGAGUAUCUUUCCGGGAAGGGCGUCGCGGACGAAGAGGAUGUUGCCGUGCUUGGACAAGCCCUGCUCGACAAGGGCUUCAUUGCUUCCGCGGUGUACGCCCCACUGAUCGAAAAGAAGGAGGAAACGGCGUCGGACCGCAAGAAGAAGAAGUGGCCGGACCGCCUGAAAAGGCAGAACUUAAAGUUCGACACGCAGGGCUUUUACAUCGUGGUCUGGGAGGGCAGCCACGGCUUCCGCUACUUGAUGCUCAGUCUCAUGGUCACCUGCAUCGUCGCAGGAACCUUGUUCCCGGUAUAAUUUGUUUUCAAAACAACUUCUAUGUUGACCUGGGGGGAAGAUUUCUCCUGAACCUGAUUCGUUCCCCACUUCCAUGGUGAAAAAAUACUUUGCAUAUUUUUGCUCGUGGUACAGCUGCAGUAGAAGCAGCAUGUGCAAGAAUCUUCCGACCGCCGUUUAUUUCCCCUAAUUAUCACAGGUCUGGCCAAUCUGGGCGCGUAUUUUCGCUUGGUACAUCGCUCUGGCCUUUUGUACGCUCUAUUUCGUGAUCGAGUUUGUGCGAAAUACCUGCUUCGCCCUCGGUUGGAUUGUCGGCGUGGAUUUUUGGAUUCUCCCGAAUUUCAACGACGAGUACUGCAGUUUUGUGGACAGCUUCAAGCCGAUUUACUCCUUCGAGAGACGGAAGGACACGAUCACACUGCUGAUCUCCCGGGCGGUGGUGCUUUUCAUCACGGUCGCCUGCGUCGAGGAGUUGUCGAAGACGCACAGUAUUUCCGACGUGACCGACUUCGUGAAGGGCAGCUACCAGGACAUCAUUGAGUGGGGCGAGAACAAGGCGCUGAUGCUGGAGGGCGGCGGGGAAAGGAUGAAGCUCCCCUCGGUGGACGAGUUGCUGAAAGAGGAAGCGGAGGAGGCGGAAAGGGAAAAGACCAGCACCACCACCACGGCGUCAUCUUCCACUACCAUGACCUCCGCCCUGGGGGCGGAGGACGAGGAGGAGGUGAAGGAGGAAGAGGAGGACGGCUAUCGAAUUUAAAAACGUCUCCACCCCAUAGAAGUUGCAAUGCAAAUCUGCAUGCUAAAAAUGUUUCUCAUGCGGAGCGAGCCCCAUGAGAAGCGUUUUCUAGUCGUGUUUUGGAAGUUGUCAUGCUCCUUUCAGCAUGGUAUACUAGGUUUGUGAUGCUGCUCCGCUAGCUCAAACAGCACUACACUACCAGUCCAGAUGUGUCAUGCAAAACAGCCAAAAUUUGUGGAUUUGUCUAGCCGGUUCCCCAUCUUGACUAUGGGUUGGGGACGUUUUUACACAGGAUAACGGCAGUCACUUCCUCACUGGGAUGGAUGUGGAAGAGAACUAGAUCAGCCGUAGUACUUUGUAGUUCUUGAUGCGGUACAACUCCGUCGUUGUGCACUAGUGCAAACGGACGCCUUGCACAUCUACAGCUUCGGGUGAAUAGGAAUAGCAACACAGCUGGGGCUGCAGAGAAGGAAGGUGCCUCGACGUCGAAAGAUGAAAAUGAAGGAGACGACCGUGAACGAAGGAGCAUGAUUUUUUUGAAGGACUCCUGGCUGUACGGAAGCAGAGAGGAAGGCCACUUCGACGCUCACACUGACUGGCUGAUAUUUAAAAAACACUCCAUAAAAACUCACAACAUCGCAACGGGGCAGAACGAGCAGUCUACCUCCUCACAUUCUCUUUCUCACCAUGGUGCGCCAGCAAAAUCUUCUGCAACAUCCGAAAUAAAGCAAAAUCAAAAGACGACUAUGGCCGACGUUUAUCACUUCCACAUCAAGAUGAAGGCUGUACUAUUUUUCCCACAUAUGGUCAAACAUCACACUUUUUUGACAACGAACUCCUCCCAGGAGUUGUGAAUGCAAAAUGCGCAUUGCAACCGGAAUGAACAAUCAUAGCGACCUCAGAGUAAAAAAGCAGUACCCACUGGCGAGAGGUUGCACUGAGGAGCUGUCAACAUGAUCACAUAGGCUCUUCAACCCCCAUGAGGAUUUGAAUUUUUCAAGCGAUCGAAAAACGCAAACUAAGUAAUCUGAAACAGCAAAAUGAUGCUUCGUUCAACGAGGAGGAAAUUCAUCAUGG